GUCUCUCCGCGUAGUUCCGUACCUGGUCAUCAACCGCCAACUGAACUAUCAACUCCCGGUCUCAGUACCAGUAUCAGCACUUUUAUUUUAUUUAUUUCUUAAUCAAUAAUUUACCUACCCGCCGCAGCCUACCCUACGCCGACAACCAUUUAAGCUGUAGGUUUUAAUCACCUUCCUCACUAUGGAUUCAACCUUCUUCUCAUUUCUCUAACAACCAAAAAAGUUGGAAAAAAAUGGCUACUCAUAAUCUUGCUGUUAUCCUCAAAAACCCGUCAAACGACGCUGAAUUCCUCCUCCUUAAGCAAACUCCACCGCCUAAAUUCAGCGAAGACCAGUACGAUUCUUAUGUGGAUUCUGAUCUCUGGGACCUUCCUUCCACGCUUCUCAACCUUCAACACGAUCACUCCUACUCUGGGAUUGUUAUCCAGGGCGCCCAGUCCUCUCACAACAUUGAUUUGACUAAAUUUGAUGUCCAACUUGCUCUUACUGGGGUGCUGGAAAAAUUGGGUUUAACGGUGAAUGAUGUAGGGGAGUGGAGUUUGUUCAAGUAUGUGGAGGAAGCUGAGUUCGGGCCUGAGUUUCCAGUUAAUACUGUGUUUAUUAUGGGCAAUUUGUUGGACGGAAAUCAAAAUUGUCAAGGGCUGUGUAAGUGGAUGUCUACUGAAAGCUGUCUUACCUGGCUUCUGGAGGUGAAACCUUGUAGUGAUCGUGUAGGGCCUUUGGUAGUUUUUGCUCUUAUAAAUGACUCAUUGCAGUCAGCUGCACGGACAUUACCACCCACGUUGCGUUAUCAGGAGUAUCCUCCUGGAGUUGUAAUUCUACCUAUGCGAAGUAAAACAAGGAAGCCCUUCCUUACAACGAACUUGGUAAUAUUUGCACCUAAACAAGUUUCAGAUACAGUUGGGGAUUGCAGCUUUGUUGCUCAUGGAGAUGCAUUGAUUGUGGAUCCAGGAUGCCGACAUGAGUACCAUGAAGAGCUCAAGCAGAUCAUAGCUUGCUUGCCUGAAAAGUUAAUUGUCUUUGUUACUCAUCAUCAUCUUGAUCAUGUUGAAGGUCUUUCAAUUAUCCAAAAAUGCAAUCCUAAUGCUACACUGCUAGCGCAUGAAAAUACUAUGCGUCGCAUUGGAAAAGGUGACUGGUCUCUUGGUUAUACCUCAGUUUCUGGAGAAGAAGACAUUUUAGUUGGUGGUCACAGAUUGACUGUCAUUUUUGCUCCAGGACAUACAGAUAGCCACAUGGCAUUGCUUGAUGUUAGUACUAACUCAUUAAUUGUGGGCGACCAUUGUGUGGGUCAAGGAAGUGCUGCUCUGGACAUUACUUCUGGUGGAAACAUGACUGAAUACUUCCAAACAAGUUACAAAUUUUUGGAGCUUUCACCACAUACCCUGAUCCCCAUGCAUGGGAGAGUCAACCUGUGGCCAAAGAACAUGCUUUGUGGAUAUCUCAAGAACCGAAGGAGUAGAGAAGAAAGCAUUUUGAAAGCCAUAGAAAAUGGAGCAGACACAUUGUUUGACAUAGUUGCUAAUGUGUAUUCUGGGGUAGACCGCAGUUUAUGGACUGCUGCUGCAUCAAAUGUCAGGCUACAUGUGGAUCAUCUAGACCAGCAAAAGAAGCUACCAAAGGGCUUCUCUAUGGAAAACUUCAUUGGCAGUCUGGUUGCAUUUGAGAGCCUUGUGGUUGCUUUUGAACCGAGCUCUGGAAAGCUUUAACAUUGGACCACCACUCACCUACCAACCUUCUCUGUUGGAUGGCUUUCUUAUACAUGCAGCUUCUCUGAUUCACAUAGCUAAGGAGAUCCUGAAAACUAGUACAUUUUACAUGCAAUUAUGAAUUCAUGUGAGAUCUAAACCAGUUUCAUUAUCUGAUGAUAAAAAUUCACUAGUGAUAUUUAAUUAUAUAUUUUCUUCUGGGGCUCAUUCAGGUUUUGCAUUUUAUCAUAAAUUGGCUAUUGGGAUAGAAUGUUUCGUUAUCCGACCUAGUGUGCUCCAUUGAAUCCUGUAGGAAUUUUCUGUUCAGAGGUUCCAUAAAACUUGGGUGCCUUUCUUUCUGAGGUGGACAUGUGCAUAUGUUAGUAGCAGGAUUCAGUUCAAGUGUCCGAAGCUGAAGAUAUCUAGUCUGCUUAUUACUGGGACAGUGAUUGGCAUUGCUGGGUAUUCACUGGGUAAAAAAGCAUGCUUUCAUUUGAGUAAAACAGGGAAAGGGGCAUGAUUUGGUUUUUGGAGUUCGUGAGAGGCUCUGGCAGUCAUCUAAUGGUAAUUCAAUAGUCAAUUAUUAUUUUUUAUUUUCUAGCAUAUAUAAUGGAUUGCAAAAUGGUUUGUUGGAACAACAGCUUUAUAGUUGAUAUUAUAUUUGUUUGAAUUGUUAUAUAGAUUGUGAAAUGUUAAUGGAUGGUUAUGACA